GCUGAGGAGUCCGCAGAUGUUUUCAUUUUUUUAAUAAGUUUAACCAUUGCGGAGUUAUAAAUUCUAAACUAAAAACUGGCACAAAAGCGUUCGCCAUUGGUCCUUUCCCAUAGAUCUAGGGAAGUCUACCCAAUCUAGAUCUACAAGAACCUCAACCUGCUUUUGUAAACAGAGAAAAUGAGUCUACACAGGAUUACUUGUGAUUUUUUAUUAUUUACAGCGUUGAUUCAUUUUAUGGGUAUAACAUGUCUUCCAGCCAUCUGUAACUUAGACUGCCAAGUUAAUAUAAACAAAACAGUAUUAGCCAAGUUUUGUUCAGCAAGUGCUUUCAAGUUGCAGGGUAGAUGUUGUGUAAACACAACAUCCCCUGAUCAGUUGGACAUCAUUGGGAUUGACCUGCAGCAGUGCGGCAUGACACAAAAGAAAUUUUCCCAAGGAAUUGAUGGUAUCAACACUUUACAAUUCAUUUAUUUACAAGGUAAUGACAUUGAUGCAUUGAAUAUCACAGACUUUCACAGGAACACUGGAAUACAAAAUCUUUCAAUACCAGUCAAUUUGAGUUGUCCUGGUGGUAUCAAGUCCUGGGAAAGCAUAGAAAUCAAAACAUCAGAAACAACAUGUGUCGGAGAGAAAAAUCCAUGCAUUAGUGAAAAGUUGACCUGCCCACUAAACUCCCACUGUGUUCACUCUGGUAUAGAUAUGUCUGAGUGUUUAUGUGAUGAGGAUUAUCAUGGGUACAAGUGUAUGAAUAAGGGUAAAUUUCCAACAGUGCCAUUUGCUAUAGGCAUUACUGCUUCAACUGUAGCACUUUGUAUAUUUCUCUGGUGCACACAGAGGAGAUAUGUGAAAAGUGAUGUGAAGAACAAAUAAUAUGGGACAUGAUGCUAGAACCAGCUUUUCAAAUUUAAUUUU